UUUUUUAGAUGCAUCUGUCUUGGUUACUUGAAGUUACCCAGUAACUAGGGCCCAACGUGUUACUACGUGUUCGGAUCACUAACAGUUUCCUUUAUCGAUUAGUGAGGACUGGCAAAUGUGCAGGAUUUGAUUCAACAUGCGCUCCACUUUUUAACGGCUUAUUUUACGUGUUUCCUCUAUCAAAUCUGGCAACCCGGCGCCCAAAGGCUAAGGUACUGGCUGCAGCUGUUUUAGCCUGCUGACUCCCAGUAAACAGCUCAUGACAAGCGGCUGUAGGUGUUUACACUGCCAUGCUAACGCCUGGAUGACCUGACGGACCCACGGAUAACAGGAUCCAGACUUCCAGCUCCUUAUGGCUGUAUAUGAUGAGAACAUCCUGAAGAAUACUUUCUACUUGGCGCUGGAGAAGCAGAGACCGGACCUCUGCAGCCGAGUGGCAGAGCUCCACGGCAUCGUCCUCGUUCCCUGCUGUGGAAGUUUGAGCGUCAGCAGCUUCUCAGACUCUCAGUUCGACAGCUAUGUCCUGCAGCCGGUGGAGGACGGAUACCAGACUGCGGACGGAAAGGAGGUCAGGAUCCAGGACAGGCAGGUCCUGCUGGGAUCCGGCUUCCCGGCUCCGGCGUCGGUCCCGAUCCUGUUCGAGGAAACCUUCUACAACGACCAGGAGCAGAGCUACAGCAUCCUGUGCAUCUCCCGGCCCGUCGAGGUGGAACCCAGCCCCGCCGAGAACAACCCGCCGCCCCCUUACUGCCUGAAGAGCGUGGAGGACGUCAGGGAGUUCCUGGGCAGCCACGCCCAGAAACUGGACAAGUUCGUCCACGGCUUCUGUCAGGCCUUCAAGGAGCAGGAGAGGAAGGGACUGCGACACCACAUCGACUCGGUGAACGGCCUCUACACUAAGUGUCUUCAGUGUCUGCUGAGAGACUCUCGCCUGAAACUCCUGGCCAAGCAGGAGCUUCAGAUGACUCUACUCAAACAGGCGGUGGAGAUGUAUGUUCAUCAUGGUAUCCAUGAUUUAAUCUUUAACUUUGUGGGAACCCUUGAAGCCAGCCAGGACGCUGCCUUCAACAAAACCACCAGGAGUCUGCAGGAGCUGCAGCAGAAAGACCUGGGAGUGAAACCUGAGUUCAGUAUAAACUUGUCCCGGGCAAAGAGAGAGCUGAGUCAGCUCAACCAGAAAACCUCCCCGCUCCUCAAACUGCUCUGCCUGCGCAGAGUCACCGUGACGGCCACGCAGACGCCCAGACGCACCGUCAGCAUCGAGGCCGUGAGCGCGGACGACCUGCUCUCCGUCAUCCUCUACCUGCUGGUGAAGACGGAAAUCCCCAACUGGAUGGCCAACCUGAGCUACAUCAGGAACUUCUGCUUCAGCCACUCCAGUAAAGAUGAACUCAGCUACUGUCUGAGCACCUUCGAGGCCGCAGUGGAGUACAUCAACCUGGGGAAGCUGCAGGACACACACUCUGGCUCAGGUGAGCUGAACGACAAGGCGCUGUUCAAAGAGAGGAUGAGGUCGUUGUCUCAGAGCGCCGCCACGCCCAUCAACUGUCUGUUUGAGCACAUAGCGAAUGGAAGCGAGGCCGAGGUUGAACGGCUGCUGAGCGAAGGAGAGAUGGAUGAGGACGUCAGGAUGUGUCACCCCCUCUGCUCCUGUGACCUCUGUGACCUCCAGCUGUCCGGGCGGCUGAACGACCCGUCCAUCGUCACGCCGUUCUCCAGAGACGAUCGAGGUUACACUCCACUGCACGUCGCUGCUAUCUGUGGUCAGGCCCAGCUGAUAGACCUGCUGGUGUGUAAAGGAGCGCCGGUCAACGCCACGGACUACCACGCCCUCACACCGCUGCACCUGGCCUGCCAACGAGGAUACCAGGGAGUCACGCUGCUGCUGCUGCACUACAAGGCCAACACGGACGCUCAGGACAACAACGGCAACACGCCGCUGCACCUCGCCUGCAUGUACGGGCACGAGGACUGUGUGAAGGCCUUGGUGUACUACGACGUCCAAACGUGCCGUCUGGACCUGCAGAACGACAAAGGCGACACGGCGCUGCACAUGGCGGCUCGAUGGGGCUACGAGGGAAUCAUCCAGGUGCUGCUGGAGAACGGAGCCGUCACCGACAUCCCCAACAAGAGCAAAGAGUCGCCGCUGCAGUGUGCGCUCAACUCCAAGAUCCUCAUGUUGUUGCAGUCGUCUCAGAGCAGCCGUCAGCGCAGCGGCAGCAGAGUUGAUUCUCCCAGUCGCUCCCCUCUGGCCUCAGACUGCAGCAGCCGUCGCUCCUCCAUCUCCAGCAGCUCCUCUCUGGGCUCCGAGGCCAAACCAGAGGGAGAACGGGUCCGACACAGAGAGGUGGAGAAGCUGCUGCGCGCCGUGGCAGAUGGUGAUGUGGAGAUGGUGCGUUACCUGUUGGAGUGGAUGGAUGAGGAAGAGGAAGAUGAAGGAGAGAUUCGGUCCGAGGCUCUGCUCUGCCACCCGCUGUGCCAGUGUCCGAACUGCGCUCCCACCCAGAAGUUGUCUGUUCUCCAGGCCGGAGCUCUCGGCGUCAACAGCUGUAAUGUCGACGGCUUCACGCCGCUCCACGUCGCCGCCCUGCAUGGCCACUCGGGGCUGGCCGCCCUGCUGAUCCGCCACGGAGCCAACGUCAACUCCCGCACAAACCAAAGCGCCACGCCGCUUCACCUGGCGAGCCAGAACAGCCACGUCCAGGUGAUGAGGUUUCUGCUGGAGUGCAACGCCAAACUGAAUAAGAAGGAUCACUAUGGCAACACACCUCUGAUACACGCCUGUCUCUGUGGAAACCUGGAGACGGUCAACACCCUGCUACAGAGCAACGCGCUGGUGAACAUGGCGAACCUUCAGGGGAACACGGCGCUCCACGAGGCGGUGCGGGGGGGACACCAGGCGCUGGUGGAGCUGCUGCUGAGGGGCGGAGCCUCGCCCGGCCUCAGGAACAAGAGGCAGAGGACGCCGCUGGACUGCGCCUACGAGCUGGGCGGCAAGAACACUGAGAUCCUGAGAGCUCUGCAGAAAGCGUCCGGACUUUCCCCCGACGCCGAGCCGAUCAAACUCCUCUCUGUGCCCAAAGGAGCUCUGGCUCAUUCGUUCGUGCAGCGCCUGCGGCUGCAGGAUCACUCCAACGGCAGGAAGCAGAAACUGGCUCAGUCCAUCAGCAGGAUUCAGCAGAUGAAGAAAGGUUCCUCAGGUCCUUCCCCCAGGUGUUCACCGACCCUCAACCAGGUGAAUCCAGACCGGAGGAGGCUGAGGCGAGGGGAGACGGUGGAGGUCAGCAGCCCCUCGGGGAGCCUGGAGUCCGGGCCCCGGCUGAGAGAGCGGCCCCUGGGUCGCUGUCACACCCUGGACUCUGGAGAACGCGCUCCGGAGCGUCUGCAGGCGAAACACGCUCCGGACACGAGCGACGACGCGCAGCCCGACGUCAACGAAACUCACUCCGCCGACGACUCCAGCUGCAGCAGCGGCAGCAAGACCUCACCCUCCCCCCCGCCGUCGAGCGCGUCGCCACAGGCGGAUAAUUCAUUCGAAGCCCCGCCCACACACGUCCUCACCAACCACUCUGCUUCGCACGAGACCGACCUGCCUGUGAACGGGCCGUGUGACCAGCAGAAUCACGCCGACGACGCCGAGUCAUCGCAGUCGGACGGCAAAGAUGGAAACUCCAAUCCCACCCGCCCCGCUGACCUCCCCCUGCUCGUCCAGACAGGCGGAGGCGAUCCAACACACACCGACCACACACCGGAGACGAGUGCAGAGCGGAGGCGGGGCAACGGAGACGUCGUUGAGGAGUCCUGCGGAGCAACGACACAAACGCCAUGAGUCAGUGAACAGGAAGAAGAAGACGAAACUUAAUGUUUCUCAAGAGGAAGAAAAAGCACAUGACUCAGACUUUAGAAAAACACUGAAGUCCAACUGAUUCAUCGAGCUGCUGGACGGAGAUAAAAACCCUCCACGGUUUUAAUUAGACGCACGUCAGAGUCGGUUCACUCGUGUCACAGCAACAUGUUUCCUCUUCCACCUCGUCGGCGCAGGCGGGUUUUAUUCGUCCUGGUUCUGAGAGAAAAAGAUCCAACACUAACUUUUCUCUUCUUUAGAUUCAUUCAGACCAAAAACAGCUCCAUGAAAGCAACACAAGGCGCUGUGUUGUUGUUGUUGUCGUCGUCGUCGCCGCCGUUGUUCCGUGUCCUUCAGAGGACGCCGUCUAUGAAGACGUGGCAAUCGUCCGUCCGUCCGUACGGACAUACGGAUGGACGGACCGACGUCCCAUUCUCGUGGACACGAUAUCUUAGUAACGCCGUGACAGAACUUCUUCAAACUUGGCACAAACAUUCACUUGGACUCAAGGAUGAACUGAUUAUAUUUUAGUCGUCAAAGGUUAAAGGUCAAGGUCACAGUGACUUAUGAUUUUGGUCAUGUGAACGCGAUAUCUCGGGAACUCGUCAAGUGAAUUUCUUCCAAUUUCAAAAUCUAAUCAGUUCAUCAUCGAGUCCUAGUGAACCUUUGUAUGUUCUAAUUAGAUUUACAAAGGUCAUUACUCAAGACUUCACAGCGAAUAUUUAAAUGACUCGGGAUAAACAGGGAUGUGACCUGGACCUAGUCUGAACGGCGGAGGGAUACGACCACGAGGAGACGAUUCUCGCCCGUUGUUUUAACAGUCGCACCGUCAGCUGUUGAACGGAGCUGAAACCCAAUACUUCCAUUAAACAGUGCGACCCUCAGGCUCUCUGUCGCGGUGGUUUGCUUUCAUAACUGGCGUUAUCCAGCAACCAGCACAAAGUAAAGUCCAUCCACCGGCACUGAGGUGACGGAGACUCCAACCACAUCCACCGUCUCUGCGUGGAAGAGGAACGUCCUCAGAUAUGUUUGUAACUUGGGUGAAUUGACUCUUUAAAGUCACACUGUGUUUUGCACAUCUCUAACAGCCCCCACAAAUCAGUCCAGAGUUCAGAGGGAAAUCUUCAGAUGUAAUUUUCUCCCAUUUUCUCAUUUUGUUUACUUCCUGUAAAAAAAAAAACAACACGUUGUUUCUUUUAGUACAAGACAAAUGUAAAAACACUUGAGACACAGAGAGAAAACUGUGUCCAGAUCAUCUGAAAACAAACAGGCCGGAAAUCUUCCAAAGGAAUCGGGUUUAACGAUCGUUUCCUCAGCGUACUGAUUUUACAUUCUGCUGAGUUUCAUUGUGACUUUGGCAGCUCACAUGUCGGUGGUGACGUUCACAGACGUCAGGAUUUCUCAGCAGCUCCUCCUCUUCCUCCCCCCCCCCCCCCCCCCCCCCCUGAGUUUGAAGCACUUUCUUCUUCUAGCCCUCACAAAAAGAAAAAGGGAUGCGAACCGACCUGAUUUUAGUUACAUGCCGUUCGAAUGUUUUACUUUACGCCACUAGACUGUAGCUCGGCUGCGAGCACCAGACUUCAUUUGAAGAACACGUUUUGUUUAGUUUUGACUUGGAAACUCGACGUUAGCUUGAUUUCACAGUUUAAAGUGGAUUUACAGUUUGACUGGUUUGCCGUUUAACAACAUUUUACUCCUCUUACUGUUUUAAUAGGAUGAUUUUAUUUUAUUUAUGACCCUUGUUGAUGGUUGAGUGUUGUGUGUUCAGAGAGAUUCAGCUUCUCCCGAACGUUAGAAUGUGUUUUCUUCAGACAUGGUUCAAGUUAAAGGAACAAACAGCUGGUUCUGCAUGUUUUUUAUUCAUUUAUUCAAAAUUAUUUUACAUUACUACUGACUUUCACAGUAUUAAUAUAGAACCUAGACCUGGUUUGUAACACAUGGACAUCUACCUUUAGACUAUAUGAACCUUUAAAAGGGUCUGAUUUAAGGUUUUAUGCCUUUAAAUGAGAUUUAAAAAAAUGAACGUGAUAAUUUAAUAUCAUAAUUUUUACCAGUUUGUUGUGGAAAUGUGCCGUGACAGUAACGUCAUGAUAAUGCUGCACAAACUCGAUUAACCUCAACAAACUGUUAUUAAACAGUUAACAUACUAUAACACCAGUCACGGAUGUAGGUACAUUCAUCUAUAAACACAUAUAUCUGAAAACAGAUGUUAAUGAGUGAAAUAAAACAUGUAAAAGCAGCAGAUUGAUCCUUUAACAUCAGUAGAUCUAUAACUUUAUUAAGACGAGUAUAAUGCACCAUAAUGAAGUGAGAAUGCAGUACUGUAUAACCGUCACCAUCAGUGUUACUGUUCACGUUAAUGUCUGCUGCGUCUUUGUGGCUCAUUCAAGAAAACGAUGUCAAACCCGCUCAGAAGUCAAGUCUUAAUUAUUUUUGUACCUGUUUUUAUUUCCUGUUUGGAUGUUUAAAAGAUGAUGUGAAUGUGCCUUAUUUAAUUCACACCCAAAUAACCCACAAUAAACCUGUGAUUUUAAUUAUGA